ACCUAUCAGAAGAAGGACUGGAGCUCCCAGCAGGUUAUUGAGAACUACCUGAACAACAAAUCCGACCAACCAACCAAAUUUGGUGUGUGGACCUUUGAGGCUUUUGAUGAUGGCAAGAGGAUCACCAUGGACUUGGGCAUUCACAUGGACUUGACAAAUGGUCAUCUGGAACUUUCGUUAUACUCUCCUUAUUGGCUGAUCAAUCUGACCAAUCAGAACCUCUCCUACAAGGCAGCAGAUGAUUACAUAAUACAGCAUCCAUCGAGUUACAAUGAAGCCGUUUUGAUGCUACUCAAGAGAUCAAACAGUGCAGCUGCUAAGGUUGUCGCCCUAAAAAUAGGCGAAUCUGAUUGGUCGGAGAAGUUUUCAUUGGAUACUGCUGGUAGCGUGGGGACUGUUGAAUGCGUCACCAAAUCUAACGCUGCAGUCGGAGUGAAAAUAACACUGGCUAGCAAUGGCCUCACAAAGAUCAUCACAUUCACACCUCACUACAUGUUCGCCAAUAACUCCAACUUUACUAUCCUGUUCAAAGAACACAUCCCCACCAGCCAAUGGGUGGAAAUUCAGCCGAACGAGGUUCUUCCUUAUUGGCCAGUUCAAACAUCUGCUCAAAAGCUAUUGGUCGCUUGCAUCAAAAACUCUGCCCUAGAGACCCGUCCAUUUUCAAUUUCUGACGAUCACACUACCCUGUUGAAACUUUACCACGACUACGGUGGUAUAAAUGCGGUCUGUCAGAGGUCGGAAUCGAGCACCGUGGUCACCUUCCAACAAUAUUUCUCAGGAUCUGCGUCGGCACUCAUCGUCAAUCACACCAAAGAUGCCAACGUUUAUUACUGGCAGAAGGACUCAAUGGACUCGCACUUGAUCCUUGCUGCCCAGCAGUCCGUGUUGUACACCUGGGAUGACCCUGUAAGCAAGCGUGAAUUGUUGUGGUCAUUCUCGGAGACUGGUAAAAGUGUUGCUAAUGACCUAAGCAAGGACGGCAUAGGAGAAGUGGUGAUUUCGAAUGACCGGAAAUUGUUCUGGGUGUCCUUCCUGGAUGGCAUGCAGCGUGUCCUGCUGUUCACGGAUGACCUCAUCAUCGCUACGUUUGCUCAACAGGCUGGCGAGUUGGAACAAUUGGACCAAGAGAUAACGUUGAGUCUGCAUGGCUUUGGAUUGUCCUUCGUUAACAAUCACAUUGGAAAGGAAAUUGCAUACAUGGGGAUAACCAGUUCUGGGGUGAUUUGGGAGCAAGCGAAAGGAAAGAGAUUCAAAGCCUUGAAACUGAAGCACAGCACUGCCCUGGAGACUGCCUAUCAGAACUACAAGAUGGAGUUGAUGGUGAACAAGCAUGCUAAUGGAAAAAAAGUUUUUUCGGAAAAAUAUGAGGUGAAUUUUUCUGAAUGCAAGAUGUUCAUGCUGAAACCUCACAAGGUAGAGAUCAGAAGGAGUUUCGAGUACGGCGUUAGGUUGAAGUAUAGUACGUCCAAGCAUUCCAUCAAACUGCAUCUCAAAGUUCACAAAAUGCAGCUGGACAACCAACUUCCGGGCGCCAUUUUUUCCACCGUGCUUGCCCCCGUGCCGCCGCCGAAAUCCGUGGCCUCUGAGAGUGUCCCUAAGCCUUUUCUUGAGUUGAGUACGAUCGUAAGAACGAGUGCACACAGCAAUGUUAAACAAUUCAAAUACUGCAAACUUCUGAUCCAAGAGAUGUCAGUGAAGGUGGACCAGGGAUUCCUGAACGCAAUCAUCCUCCUCUUUACCAGUGCCCAGCUGGACGACGCAUCCGUCAGCAAACAGGAACUGCUGGCGUUCAAGAGAGAGUGCAAGGUCGUGGAUCACACACUCGUCGAUGAAGUUAUCACCGCCGGCACUGGCGAUGCCAAAAAUUUUUACGACAUGCUACACUUUUCACCUCUCAAGGUUUUCAUAUGCUUCUCAUUGCAUAAGAUGGCUGCCGGCGGAAACGGAAGUCGUAAGAAGCAGCAGCAGCCACAGCAAAUUCAAUGGAAGUUUUUAGAGUUGUUCCUUCAAAGUGUCGGAGUCGUCCUGACUGACAUUCAGGAUGUUGUUUUCAAGCUUGGUUAUUUUGAGAGGCAGUUCACAUUCUACAGCCAGUCUCAACUGAUGAACGAAAUAACGAGACACUAUUCUCAGCAGGCCAUCAAGCAGAUGUAUGUUCUUGUUCUCGGUCUCGACGUCCUGGGCAAUCCGUUCGGGAUCGUUCGUGGAUUGGCGGAAGGCAUAGAAACCCUCUUCUACGAACCUUACCAAGGGGCCAUCCAAGGGCCCGAGGAAUUCGCUGAAGGAUUGGCUUUGGGAGUUAGAAGUCUUCUCGGUCAUGCCGUUGGUGGUGCCGCAGGGGCGGUAUCUCGUAUCACAGGGGCCCUCGGGAAGGGGAUCGCCACACUGACCAUGGAUAAUGAGUACCAGAAGAAGAGGAGGGAGGACAUGAACAAGAAGCCUGCUGAUUUGAAGGAGGGGUUUGCCAGAGGUGGAAAAGGAUUGGUCAUGGGGGUGUUCGAUGGAGUGACGGGUAUCGUCAUGAAGCCUGUGGAAGGUGCUAAACAGGAGGGCGUCGGUGGUUUCUUCAAAGGUAUGGGCAAGGGCCUGGUUGGAGCGUUCACCAGACCAGCUAGUGGUGUUGUGGAUUUUGCUUCUAGUUCAUUCGACAGUAUAAGAAGGGUGGCCGAACAAACCGAAGACGUUCCAAAGUUGAGAGCCCCCAGACUUAUUCAAAACGAUGGGGUGGUGAGGCCCUAUGUGGGCCACGAAGCUGAGGGGAAUCAAAUACUCAGGGAUAUUGCCAAGAACCAGUUCACAAACGACAAAUACGUUGGUCACCUUGUGGUCUCAGACGAUAAAAGAAACGUCUUCCUUGUUACUGAUAAGAACGUGUUAUUCGUCAUGAAGUCGGAUAUACUGGGACACUGGAACGUUGAAUGGUUUUAUGGAUGGAUUCAAUUGAAGGAAGCGCCAUCGCUGACCGUUAGAGGCAUUCAAAUUAUCCUGAAGGUCGUUCUUUCAUUCAUUCAAUCAAUCAUUCAUUCAUUCAUUUAUUCAUUCAUUUAUUCAUUCAUUUAUUUAUUUAUUCAUUUAGAUAUUUAUAUAUACCUUUAUUCAUUCGUUAGUUCGAUCUUUUAA